GAGCUCUUUGGCGCCCCCAGCGCCGAGGACCUCCAGCGCGCCGCCGGCCCCAUCACCCUCCCUCCCGCGCGCGACGCGCCGGCUGCGCGCCUGCUGUCCGACCUGCUGACCCGCCUGCGCCUCGAGCGCUGCGCGUACAUGCGGCUGCGGGUGGUGCGCAAGGGGGAUCCCUUGGAGGCCGCCUUCAUCAACUCUCUGCUUGAGGACAGGAGCCCCAGCGGGAUGAGCUAUGUGGAGUUCCUGUGCCACAUCCACCGGCAGAUACAGAACAAGAUGGGUUGA